GAAGGACAUGCACCUGUGUACAUGGUUACAAGAUGGUGAAUUCCAAAGACUGGAGUUACGGAUGUGAACCUGAUUUCAAGACUUGCAGACCCGAAGAGGAAGAUUUCGUUGAGCUUCAAUACGUCGAAUUCUACGGCUUUGAUAUUCGGUUACAACGAAACUACACUCUCGAUGCUUGCAAGAACGAUUGCUUACACGAUUGCGCUUGCAAAGGUUUCCAGUUUGGAUAUCAUGAGGGUUUUGGAGUCUAUUUUUGCUACAUUAAGGCUUUUCUAUAUAAUGGAUACCAAUUGGGCUACUCCAAUCGGAUGUACAUCAAACUGCCAAAGACAUUUGUUUCAUCUUAUAAACAAAAACCCGUAAACAAAUCCAGCUUUCAUUGUUUAGAUCUAACGGUGACACCCAUCAUAAGAUCGUACGAGAAUAAACCGAAUAACAACAUACUACGAUUCGUGCUCCUAAUCGGAUGUGUAAUCGGGUUUAUCGAGAUCAUCUGCAUUCUGCUUUUCUGGAUCAACACUAGUAAAAGCCCGGUUACAACUGAACAAAGUUAUUCCCCGGCCGUAACACCAUUCAGAAAGUUCACAUACCGCGAGCUGAAGAAGGCGUCGCGUAACUUUAGGGACGAGAUCGGACAAGGUGGUGCUAGCAUUGUGUAUAAAGGAAGAUUAGCCGAUAAACGAAUUGCAGCAAUUAAAAAGUUAAAGGGUAUGGCUAGCCACCAAAAUGAAAAUGAAUUUCAAGCGGAAAUUAGCACAAUUGGGAGACUAAACCACAUGAAUUUAAUCGAAACAUGGGGUUAUUGCGCUGAAGGACCGCAUAGACUAAUCGUUUACGAGUACAUGGAAAACGGGUCGUUGGCUGAAAAGUUAAGUGAGGGGAACCUUGAUUGGGACACUGUUUUUAACAUUGCGAAAGGUACUGCAAAAGGAUUGGCAUAUUUACACGAAGAAUGCUUGGAAUGGGUCCUGCAUUGUGAUGUGAAACCACAUAAUAUUUUGUUGGAUGGAAACUAUAAUCCUAAAGUAGCUGAUUUCGGGCUUUCAAAACUGUUAGAUCGAGAUGAUAUCAAGAAAUCAGGAUUCUCAACAAUUAGAGGGACUCGAGGCUACAUGGCGCCUGAAUGGGUGUUCAAACUUCCGAUCACAUCGAAAGUCGAUGUAUUUAGCUACGGAGUGGUGGUUUUGGAGAUGAUUACGGGUUGGGGUCCAGGAGGAAAGAAGCAAGGGACUGGUGAAAAUGGUGAGAUAGAGCGUGGGGUGGUCGAGUGGGUGAGGGAUAGGGUGAGAGAUGGUGAUGGAAGUGGUUCGGAAUCUUGGAUUGAGGAUGUUGUAAAUGGUUCGAUACAUGGCAAGUUUGAUCGGAAGAUGAUGGAAAAUCUGGUUAGAAUUGCAUUGCAAUGUGCCGAGGAUGAUAUGCAGGUCCGGCCCACAAUGAAUCAAGUGGUUAACAUGCUUCUACAUCCAGAGAACGAUGGAUCGUAUAUGUAAUUUUACUUUCUAGUGUCUUUUCUAUUAUUUUUUGCGUACAUCAUAACUAGUUCAAAUGCUGUAUUAGUAGUGGUUGUGCAUUAUUAUAAACCAUAUAUUCUUCUAUGAGAAACUCAAA